UUUUCUCAAAGUGACAAAAUUUACUGUUCUCACCGUAUCUUCGAAGAAAACAAGCUAUCAGAGAGUAGCACAAAAGAAAGCUUGAUACUUUUGUACUUCUCGUGUAACAUCAUAGCCAAAGAACAAUGCAGUUUUGCUGAAGGCUAAUUCAUUUUGCAUUAAAAAAGCAUAAGAAAAACGCACUAGUAUAUUUUCUUAUAAUCUUUUAUUUGUUUAAAGAAAUGGUUUAAAGCUUUUCCUUUUCUUUUGACAACAAAAGCGCUAUCAUAACCAAGGGUACAUAAUAUUCCGCUGUUAUUUAAAGAAGCGCUAAUAACAAGAGAUACAUCUGUUUUUUUUUUCCUUCUUCCUUUUUUUCUUAUCGCAGGCCAAUGUAUAUAAUUCUAUGAAGGCCCUUGUAUUGGUUCUAUCUACAUUAGUUAUAUACAUUCAUUCUAUAUUAUGUAUUCAAAAUGAAUGCACUUUCCCAUGCUUGCAUAAUAAUGAAGUGUGUGAAGUAACGAGUGGUUAUUCAAGAUGUGCAAUCAAGACAAACACAACAAGGUGGAUUCUAACGAGUGCAACAUCGGUACCAGUUUUUGUAGGUAACACGACCGCCCAGCUGGGAGAACCCUGCGAACGGCCACCUAUCACUAAUACAACUAGAACGUACGAUCCAUUCUACGGCAACUGUGCACGGUUCCUGUAUUGUGGCUUAUCUGGAGUAUGUAUGCCUAAACUACACCAUGGCGAAGUCUGUGAAUCUUCAAGUCAAUGUGUUCACAGACUGGUAUGCGUCAACAAAACCUGUCAGCUUAAUUCGCCGUCGAUAACCAGUAGCCUUAAUACAGUUCAUAUCAUACUCUAUACCUUGGGCACAGUAGUUAUCAUUGCCAUCAUGCUGUUCAUCUAUAUUAAGGCCAGACAUAUAAAGAAUCAAAAGAGAGAGAGAGGCGGAUCAAGCAUGACCCAAAUACAAUCAUCAUUACCAACCGCAACAGUAUUGACGACGUCAACGGCAAACCCUGUAAAUCAGCAUGCGGUUUCUAGGAUAUUAGAAGCCAACUUUGGUCGUGAUAUUCCAUCUGAACGACAAUUACAUGACAAAUCCCAGGCACCACCACCUUAUUCUCCAUAAGGAAACGAUACCCCCUUCUCAUUUUAGUUCUUGAAAAUAAAAUAAAACUGAAAUCUCUUUCUAAAAGGCCC